GGCUCUCAUUGGUCCACUGGCGCUGUCACUCACAGCUUGCUGGGCUGGUUGGCUGGCAGUGGCUUCCUCAGUCAGGCCUCAGGCCUCUGCUUGGAAGGAAGGGUCUGCCUUGCCGUGUUUUGGGGCGCUCCUGACGAGGUUCCUGGCCGGGAAGGUAUUCUGACAAGGUGUCAAGAUGAGCCCUUCCCAGUGGGACUUCCCAGUGGAGUUAUGUUGCCGGCCAAUGGCUUUUGUUACGCUCACAGGCUUGGAUGUAGUAUAUAACGCUGUUCAUCGAGCAGUUUGGGAUGCCUUUUGUGCAAACAGGAGAGCGGAUAGAGUGCCAAUUUCUUUUAAAGUACUACCUGGUGAUCAUGAGUAUCCUAAAUGCAGAACAAAGAGAACAUCAUAUGAAUGGUACAUUCCAAAAGGUAUCUUGAAGACUGGUUGGAUGAACAAACAUCUGAAUAUGGUUCCUGCCCUUGUUGUCGUUUUCUAUGAGCUGGACUGGGAUGAACCACAGUGGAAAGAAAAACAAUCAGAAUGUGCUACUAGAGUUGAAAUUGUCAGGCAGAGUCUGCAGGGACGAAACACAAAAGUUGCAGUAGUUUUGAUUCAGAAGAAAACACCAUUACCGCCAGGAGAAGAUGUUAUUGCUUCGGAAAGGGCAGCAGCAUUAUGCAAUGCUUGUGAUCUGUCUGGAAAAUCGCUCUUUGUUUUGCCACACACUGAUCACCUUGUAGGGUAUAUUAUACGGCUAGAGAAUGCUUUCUAUGAGCAUGCACAGACCUAUUACUACACAGAAAUUCGAAGGGUGAAAUCCCAUAAAGAAUAUCUAAACAAAACAACGCAUCAGCUUUUGUUUGUUAGACAUCAGUUCAAAAUAGCAUUCUUCAGUGAGCUGAAACAAGAUACACAGAAUGCCCUAAAAAACUACAGAACCGCAUAUAACCUUGUACAUGAAUUGAGAGCUCAUGAAACAAAUAUGCUGGAAAUCAAGACUAUGGCAGGAUUUAUAAAUUACAAGAUUUGUCGCCUUUGUUUUCAGCAUAAUACACCUCUGGAUGCAAUUGCACAGUUUAGAAAACAUAUAGACUUAUGCAAGAAAAAAAUAGGGAGUGCGGAGUUGGCUUUUGAGCAUGCUGCCUGGAUGUCAAAACAGUUUCAAGCUUUUGGAGAUUUGUUUGAUGAGGCUAUUAAACUAGGUUUGACAGCUAUACAAACUCAAAAUCCAGGUUUUUAUUAUCAGCAAGGAGCAUACUAUGCGCAAGAACGAAAGCAAUUAGCUACUACUCUCUGCAAUCAUGAGCCUGCUGCAAUCUACCCCAGUCCAGAUCCUCUGGAAACUCAAACUGGAGUGCUUGACUUCUACGGACAAAGACCAUGGAGGCAGGGAAUAUUAAGUUUUGAUCUGAAUGAUUCUGAAAAGGAGAAAGUAGGAAUUUUGGCUCUACAACUGAAAGAGAAGAAGAUUCUUCAUUCUGAGAUAAUAAUUGCCUUGCUGAGUAAUGCAGUUGCUCAAUUCAAGAAGUACAAAUGUCCAAGGAUGAAAAGUCAUUUGAUGGUUCAGAUGGGUGAAGAAUAUUACUGUGCUAAAGAUUACACCAAAGCUUUGAAACUGCUUGAUUAUGUUUUGUGUGAUUACCGUAGUGAAGGAUGGUGGACCCUCCUUACUUCUAUACUGAUUACAGCCCUUAAAUGUUCCUAUCUCAUGGCACAAAUAAAAGAUUACAUUACAUACUCAUUAGAGCUGCUGGGAAGGGCAUCUACUCUGAAAGAAGAUCAAAAAUCUCGGAUAGAAAAGAAUCUUAUCAAGAUUCUCAUGAAUGAGAGCCCAGAUCCAGAACCUGAUUGCGAUCCUGCUUCUGUGAAAGCUGCACAAAAGUUGUGGGCUGAUAGAGUCUCUCUGGCAGGCAGUAAUAUUUUUACAAUAGAUGUGCAAGAUUUUGUUCCAUUUGUGCAAUGCAAAGCCAGAUUUCAUGCUCCAAGUUUUCAUGUUGAUUCACCAGUUCAGUUUGAUAUAUACUUGAAAGCUGAUUGCCCUCAUCCUAUCCGUUUUUCUAAGCUGUGUGUCAGUUUUAAUAAUCAGGAAUAUAACCAGUAUUGUGUAAUGGAAGAAGUCUGUGAAAGAAGUGACAUCCUGGAAUCAUCCAUGCAGGAGACAUUGUGUCUUAUUCCUGGUAAAACAAAGAAAUUCACUUUCAAAUUUGUGGCAAAAACAGAGGAUGUGGGAAAGAAGAUUGAGAUCACAUCAGUAGAUUUGCUUCUAGGCAGUGAGACUGGCAGGUGUGUGAUUUUGAACUGGCAUGGAGGAGGGGGAGAUGCUGCUUCUUCUCAAGAAGCACUGCUAGCAGCUCGUUCCUUCAAAAGGCGACCUAAACUUCCAGAUAAUGACACACAUUGGGACAGCCUCACUGUUCAAGCCAGCACCAUGAUCAUUUCUAGAGUGCCAAAUAUUUCUGUCCAGCUUAGUCAUGAACCUCCUGCCUUGACAAAUGAAAUGUACUGUUUGAUUGUGACAAUCCAGUCACAUGAGAAGACAAUUGCCAAAGAUGUAAAGCUUACAGCAGGCUUAAAACCAGGUCAGGAUGCAAACCUGACUCAGAAAACUCAUGUGACUCUAAAUGGAACAGAAAUGUGUGACGAUUCCUAUCCGGCCCUACUUCCUGAUAUCCCUGUGGGAGAUUUAGAGCCAGGUGAAAAGUUGGAAAAAACUAUAUAUAUUCACUGUGGGACAGUUGGUACAAGGAUGUUUCUUGUGUAUGUUUCCUACCUCGUGAGUGCAACCAUUGAGGGAAAAGAGAUUCUCUGCAAGUGUCACAGAGAUGAAACAGUUACUAUAGAGACGGUGUUUCCUUUUGAUGUAGCAGCUAAGUUUAUCUCAACUAAGUUUGAACAUUUAGAUAAAGUCUUUGCAGACAUACCAUUUUUACUGAUGACAGACAUCAUAAGUGCUUCACCUUGGGCCCUUACUAUUGUAACCAGCCAGCUGCAACUUUCUCCUUCUAUGAUGCCAGUGGACCACUUAGCUUCUUAUGUGGAGAAUGUUGUCUUACAGACAAGUGAAAGUGCUAGCGAAUGUUUCUGCCUUCGUUGCCCACCAGUUACUGCUGGCCAAGGUGGAGUAGCUACUGGAAGUUAUGUAAUCACCUGGAAGAGGACCUCUGCUGUGAAGAGCACACCUGUUGUUAACACUGUGAUCACACUCCCACAUGUUAUUGUAGAAAGUAUCCCACUCCAUGUGAAUGCAGAUCUGCCCUCAUUUGGUCGAGUUCGAGAAUCCUUGCCUGUAAAAUAUCACCUACAGAAUAAGACUAAUUUGGUUCAAGAUGUGGAAGUGUCAGUAGAACCUAGUGAUGCCUUUAUGUUUUCUGGCCUUAAGCAGAUAAGGUUGCGAAUCCUCCCUGGUACUGAGCAAGAAAUGUUAUACAACUUCUAUCCUCUCAUGGCUGGAUAUCAGCAGCUGCCAUCACUGAACAUCAAUCUGCUGAGGUUUCCACAUUUCACUAAUCAGAUGCUGAGACGGUUUAUACCAACACACAUCUUUGUAAAGCCACAGGGACGUCAGCCAGAUGAUGCUUCUAUUGCUGCUGCAUAAGUUAUGCACAAGUGAAACAAUUUUGCACAGAAUAUAUAGAACUCAGAUUCUUUUUCAAACCCCAAAUUUGCUGAAGCUACAGACGAAAACUACAUUUAGAUUGGUAACAAUUGCUACUUUCAACAAUAUCUCUUUCUGGACUUGAUUCUAACAAAUAAAUAUACAGGAAACGCUGGUGCUUUUAUUUAACAUACCUUUUUUAUUUUCUUGAAAGUUAAACAAAAGAGUUAUUUAUUAUGUAUAUAAAAUAUUUUUGCAACAUGAGUGAACUUUACAAAAAAGAAAAGAAAACACAAUAAUUCCAAUUUCAGUUGUGUUGUCUAGAGGUGUAAUGCAUGUGACUUUUGUUGCAAUAGCUCCCCUCCGCCGCAUGCUUUAUAGCAUUGAAAUGUUUCUUCCAUAUAGAAUCUUUUUUUUCCUGCCAUUCUGUAGUCCAAGAAAAAAAACCUGAAGUCAUUCAUAGCUUACUGUUUCAGCAGGAUCCCCCUGCUUUGCACAUGAGGUUUCCAGGUGUUGAAUGAAUAUAGAUGUCAUUUUGUAGUAACCUGUUGGUGCUUGAGUCUUGAUGGCUUCUAGUAGUGAUUUGCUAGCUACUCUAAUCUUGCUUUUGAAGGCUUUUUUCUUUUGCAGGAAGAAGAGGGAACUUUUCUGGUGAAUAUUUGUAUCAAAGGGGGAUUUCACAACUCAGAGAAACUGAUGGUUCCUGAAGGAAGCUUUAGGCUUUUGUACAACUCAAACGCAAAACCCAGCAUCUUCAGGCGCACCAGUUAUUCAGUAUUAUUGACAGUGUCUUACUUCAGGAGCAUAGAAAAGCCCAGAUAAUAUUGUACAAAGGAACAGUGUGUUCUGUUGGCAUAGAGGUACAUAUUCUAAGAAAUGCUGGGCACCCUUGCAGAAAUAUCCCAUAAGCUAAAGACAUUGUGGGCUUUUGUAGACAAUGUGAAACUUCUGAUCAGUGCAUACAUAUAUAAAACAUACUUCUUCUUUAGUGUCUCAAGACAGACCUGCUGUCAUUUAUUGGGUCAAAAAUAUUUUCUGUUGUAAACUGUAGUGAAUAUUCUUAAACUGGAAAUAUUUUAAAGAAAAAGAUCUACACUACAGCAGUAUCAUUCAGGCGUAAUACUUUUUUACCCAUUCAACUCAUCUUUAUCAGGGAAACUGCAUGCGGAAUCCCAGUUAAUUAGUUAACAGAAAUUCAUCCUAUCAAUGUUAAUAUGAGAUGGUCUUCAGAAUAUUAACAGUAAAUCAUGUAAAUAAAAACUCUUUUGUGAGACUUUCUUCAUUGUUUAAUAAAUUAAUUUAAACAUUA